GAGCAAAAGAUUGAGUUUAGUCACGGGACCAGGAAAAUCGUACCAGACUCUGAAAUUUCAUAGUCGUGUUGGAACCAUUUCAGCAGUGCACGGAACAGGACAGAGUAGCGUCCGUAGCCAAGGAAGCAACAACGAAUCGAAUCGUAUCACGUGAAGGAAGCAAGUGGUCACAAACAUGAAGUCCUCUUUGCUUCUGCUGGGACUGGCUUUGCUGGUCUGCAGCAUCCAGGCUUCGGAUGUUCCCGUUUUCGUGUGGGGAAAGCCAUCUGUUACGUAUGUUCCAGCACUUACCAAGUAUUCGUCAUCGGAAUUCGCUGCCCUGGUGGAAUCCCAAGCUGACGAGAAAACUUUCACCUUGGUGUUUGCAGAGGAAAGCCUUUCUACCGAAGACCUGAGCCAAUGCAAGCUGAAGACACAGACCUGUUUCCGUAACCUGGCUAAGGUGGAGCGCAAAUCCUACCUCCCGAACGUUGAAGAGCCUCUGGCCGCCUUCGAGCGGGAUUCCGCUAACAUCCAGAGCGUACAAAUGUCGGCCGAUGGCUCUUUCAGCGAAGAAGUUGUUCCAAAAGGCGGUGAUGUCGUUGUCGUUAGUCUCAGCGGCAAUGAUUUUGCGUCACAUGAUGCGCUUAUCGAUAGCGUAUAUAAUCGGCUCCGGGAAGAGUUCCCCAACAUCCUAGCCAUUUAUACUGGCAAGACUCCUUCUUUCCGCUACUCAACCCUUGUGCGUCGUACUCGUCGUCAAGCUACCCAGGACGAAGAUCCAGCAGUCCCUGUCAAGGUCCUCAAUGUUACCAACACCUUCCUGAUGGCGUACGAACGGUUCAUGGCUGGCCCUGUCGGAGAGAUGGCAGAAGUAAUGCUGACAUCGGUCACUAAAAACGAGGCAAACAGUACUGAAUCUACUCUUCAAGUGGACAUCACUGGUACCAGUGCAGGGCUUUCCGUCAAUUUCGAAUUAACCUCCGGAUCAUGGGAGAUCACGGGUGUCACAUACGACAGAGUCCCGUAUUAUCUUCGUCACAGGGUUCACAUAAACCAGCACUUCUCGUAUCGAUGCCACAACUUGACGUACUACACGCUCGACAUGAAGAACGAACUUGCGUUCGAACAGGUCCAGAUUCAACCUUUCUUCCCGGAGGAUGGUGCUACUGAGUUCAACCGCUUCGGUGACUCUUGGGACUGCGUUGGUUUUACCAGUCCGGGAAUUUUGACCGGGUUGUUCCUGGUGUUCAUCUUUAUCUUCAUCGGUGCCUAUGGGGUUACCUGGAUGAUGGAUAUCCGCACGAUGGAUCGCUUCGAUGAUCCCAAGGGUAAGACCAUCACUGUCAAUGUUGCUGAAUAAUUGUAGGAGACGGGUAACAUGCCUUUUACUAGAAGCGUUCAGCAUUGAACGGUACUAGGUACUCCAGUAAACUUAAAAAGUGUGGGUGAAGAAUUCAAAAACAAUGAGUUACUGGAAAUAUAGAAAAUUUAUUUAGA